AAGCUUCGUGUUUGAAUAGUCAAAGUAACGAUUUUUUCUCUCGCAGAUUAGGGAGGGUUUUCCAAACCUGUGUGAGUUGUUAAAGUGGUGGCAGUUUGCGCGUCUAUCGAUUAAAGUCGCUGUUGGAUGGUCUUUACCACAAAUAACGGAAAUCAUUCUAAAUCUCUAUCAUGAAGCUGGAUCAAACAAGUGAUGAGUCGUCGAAUACGUUCCUGUCGAAGGUUUGUCGCCCGGUCACUGUGGUUAGUUAACUUUGAAGUACAUUAUCCUUAAUAUCAUUUGUCAGAUGCACCAAACCAUAGUUGAUAAGCUCUAUCCGUAUAGGAUAAGUAGAUGGCUAUUUGCACUGCUGUUAUUUGCUAUUUACGUGCUCCGGAUAGCAUCUAUCCAGGGCUUCCAUAUCGUUAGCUAUACUCUCGCAAUAUAUUUAUUAAGUUUAUUCAUAUCAUUUAUUUCUCCAAAAGUAGAUCCUGCUGCUGCAGAUUAUUCGGAUGAAAUCCCUACACUUCCACGAACUGUAGGUGAAGAGUUCAGACCAUUUAUACCAAGAUUACUUGAAUCGAAAUUCUGGCUCUCCACCGUCCGUGCCGUUGCAAUCAGUAUAUUUUGCACAUAUCUUCCAUUCUUGGAUAUUCCAGUAUUUUGGCCGAUACUAGUAAUGUAUUUUAUAAUGUUGUUUGCUAUUAUGAUGAAGAAGCAAAUUAAGCAUAUGAUCAAAUAUCGCUACGUUCCAUUUACUUAUGGGAAACCGAGACCUGUCGGAUCAAACAAUAAGGAACAAGCAUCUCCUGUGAUUAACUCAUGACAUAUAAUUAUAAAUAAGUUGUCUUCUUAUCUCUCUAAAUCACUGUGCUUCUUCAUCUUUUGUUCAUUUUCGGUAUUUGUACAUAGUUGUUUUGAUCUUAUCUUUGUCUGUAUAUGGAUUUUUGAUUGUAUUUUUAUGCUUUAAAAGAGGAUGUUGAUUACUGAAAACUAAAUUGUCUUUGUUCUAAAUCACGUAGUUUGUAUAUUUCUUUUUGUCGUUGAAAAAUCUCUUGUUCUUUUCUUGAAUAAAUUUUAAAGCACAAAUCCAGAUAUUUUCAUUGUACAUAGGUAUGUACGGUAACUUCGGGAACUGAAAUUGUGAUACCUUUGUUUUACACAUUUCAAGAUACUUUACUCCUAUCUUUUAAAUACCCUCUAUUUAUUGCAAUAUACUUGUUCCAUCUCUUCCUCCAUUGUUCUAAACAUCUUUUGCGAUUCUCAAAAGUCAAACCCUUCUAGCUAUCUCCUUUUCUGUUUUAUUUUCUUUACAUCGUUUUCAUUCCCCCGUUUUCACAGUCGUCUUGGAUUUCAGGAAUAAAAGCCCUAAGUCUAGUGAAUAGAGUGAUCAAAAUAUGUGAUGGGAACUUACGGUCAGUCACUGCUGAUUGUCCCGACAAGUGGCCGUAUUACUGGUGUCCAUCAGGAUCAGAUAAAUUACGAAUAUUCUUCUUAGCAUUUCAUUCCGUGCUUUCCGUUCCUUGUCUUGUGACUUCAGUUUGAUGCCGUAUUUCGAGGAUCGUUAUUAGUUAUGUCCAUAAUUAACAAUCUUAGUAACUUUAUUCAUAUAUUCACCGGAUAGACUAUACGUCCCAUCAGUUUAACCAGUUCAGAUUAAUUAAGAUUCAUUUCACUACUGAUAAGUUAAUUGUACAGAGAUGGUACUAAUUCGUGAUUGUUACCGUUUAAGUUCGUACAUUACUGUACAUUGGUUACACCAUUUUCUUGUAAUGUGACAGUCAUUUUGUUAUUGGGCAUCAACGUCUUUCUGUAUCUAUGUUUUGAUUAUAUAACUCGUAGUUAGCCUCGAAACUAAGCUGCUAGCUGGCUUAAUGGAAUCACGUUAUUGACAUGGUCCUGAAAUCGUGUCUCAAGUUGAAUUCCACUCAGUCACAUAUCGUUAUACCAUGAUCAUGAUUGGUCACAAUUCAGUAUUACUCGGCUUCUGGAGAUCUCCAAAAAAAACAAGUAUGUGAAGUCUCCGCAUCCAAUUAUACCGAAUCGUCCCUCAGUUGAGUUACCUUUUUGUAGCUAAUGCAUACAGCAAGUGGCCAUAAAUUUUUCUCAUGGAACGGCCUGUAAGCUUCGCAGUCAAAAGGCCACGUCAACUGUUCAGUCGUUUCGUGGUUCCAGAAUUAAUAACUAGCGACAAUGGAACACAGUUUACACCUACUACUUCAGAAUUUUGUCGGGUGGAUGGAAUCACUCAUCUCUAAACAUUCCCAUCCCCAAUCCAAUGGCCAAGUUGAAUGCUUUGUUAGUAGAUUUAAAGAUGCUCCGGAUAAAUCAAGAGAUUUUAGAGAGGUUCUUACUUAUCUUUUUUUUCUACACCAAAUCUUCAAACGAUCAACAGGGUCUCUUCAAUAGAAGCUUUACUCAGGAGGAAAACACGAACACGUUCGUCUGAUACCAGCUCUUGAGCCUCAACGGAACGGAUCGAUGGGGAUCCGAUUCCAUCGACAUCAUGAGGUACAAAGACGAUUAUUCGCUGUCGGUCAAAAAGUACUUGCUAUGGAUUAUCGCUGCGCACAUCCUACAUGGACAGCUGGUCGAAUCUUGCAAAAGAAAUGUAAUGUUGUUUACGAAGUCUCAGUUGACUCAGAAGUUUCAGUUCGUCAUACUGACCAACUAGAAGCAACGGGAUCCGGCAUAGAAUACUUCCCGGCUGGUCAUCUCUUAGCCAAUCAGCGGUAGCGGAUACUUGGAGAAGACUAAAAUCUUGUGUAAAAAUUAUAAAUAUACUAGCGUUUUUAUUGUAAUUCGUACUUCUAUUCAACCUUUAUUUGGAGUAUAAUUACGUUCUUGUUCAACUGUGUUCUGAUUUGGGGACUUGUUGAGUGUAGUAAACUGUCCAAAGAAUACUAAGCAUUAAGAGUAACUGAGUCGUAAUAAGAGAUCAUAACAGCAGGCUUGCCAUACUUUCCUACUGUAUGUCAGUAUCAUAUUUUAUCCUAUGUGCGUGUUAACCAUUACGUCCAGUAGUUAACAUCCAAAGGAUAAAAUAUUGGUGAAUUUUAUUCCACUUUGUUGAACUUUUUAGUAGGACUUGCCAAUCAAUAUCAGUUGUAGUUUGGUAAUACUUUUUCGUACGAUUGUUAUAUACCUUCCUGAACAAAAAUUAUGCGCAAAUGUUGUGGUUUUUGAAAAUAAUUUGGAGCGGUUGCUCAGUACUUAAGGCGUUUGACUUAUAUAAUCUGACCAUAAAACUUCGCAAUGUUGAUUGUUCCCUCAUUGAUUUCUUGGAUUGUAGUUAGUCUCACUAUUUGUACUUAGAUCCAUUAUCGUUCUCAACGAAUAGAUCUAUCUAGAAAAGUCCGGUCUAGUGGCAUUUAUGGUCAUUUAAUCUAGUAAGAUAAUUUCAGAGUAACAUUUGUGUUCAUAUCUUACGGCUUGGAUGCUAAUAUAUUUUCUUGUGACACCAUUAUCGAAUUUUAACAUUUUACAACUAUCAGGUUUUGCAGAUUUUAUGUUGUUUUAGGGUAGUGAUACUUAACUAUCCUCAAUGAUAUAACGGCUGUUCAUCUUUAUUUUUGCGGUUAGUUUGUUAUCUCAAGAAUACUAAACUACAUUGGUGUAAAUAAAACUACUCAGCCUAAUUAUGCUUUACGUGAUUAGUUUACUUUUUUAAUUAGGCAAUGUAUACUAAUGAAGUUUAUUGAUAAAAGAAAUAAGCGUUACUCACCUACACUGUUGCCCCUCGUGAGCCAUGGGCCGUCGACCAGGGACCUCCCUCCCAGUUUUUAAUAAGUGCUAUUUAUUAUCUUGAUGUCUGCUUCCGAUUCCCAAUGCAAUAUGUUCCCUGAGAUGCUUUAUCUUUUGCCUUAAGGAUCCCGAGUUAACGCUUUGUAACACAGCCCAAUGAUUUCCGUAAUAUUUGAGCUAUCCACAUCCACUGUCUUUUCCAAAUUUCCUUAUCAACCGGAAGUUGGUUUGUUCGUCCCCAGAGCAGGGUUCUGCCCGUAGUCCUCCCAAACCCAAAAGAGGGUUAGGCAUGUAGUUAGUAAUGACAUCCCGUGGAAAAUAAUGCUGGAGGAUCUAAUUUGUUAGUAUCAAGUUUAAAAUAAUGGUUUGUC